AUGGCGGACCCCUCUGAAUGCAGCAUCAAAGUGAUGUGCCGGUUCCGGCCUCUGAAUGAAGCGGAGAUCCUCAGAGGGGACAAAUUCAUCCCCAAAUUUAAAGGAGAUGAGACGGUGGUCAUAGGGCAAAGCAAGCCCUAUGUCUUUGACAGAGUGCUACCACCCAACACAAGCCAAGAACAGGUUUACAAUGCUUGUGCUAAGCAGAUCGUUAAAGAUGUACUGGAAGGUUACAAUGGGACUAUUUUUGCAUAUGGACAGACUUCUUCAGGAAAAACCCAUACCAUGGAGGGGAAGCUCCAUGACCAUCAACUUAUGGGAAUCAUCCCAAGAAUUGCACAUGACAUCUUUGAUCACAUUUACUCUAUGGAUGAAAAUCUGGAGUUUCAUAUCAAGGUUUCCUAUUUUGAGAUCUACUUGGACAAAAUAAGAGAUUUACUUGAUGUAUCCAAGACAAACCUGGCUGUACAUGAAGAUAAAAACAGAGUCCCCUAUGUAAAGGGUUGCACAGAACGAUUUGUCUCAAGCCCUGAAGAAGUGAUGGAUGUCAUUGAUGAAGGAAAGGCAAAUCGCCAUGUUGCUGUGACAAACAUGAAUGAGCACAGCUCUAGGAGUCACAGCAUCUUCCUGAUCAAUAUUAAACAAGAAAAUGUAGAGACUGAAAAAAAACUCAGUGGAAAGCUUUAUCUGGUUGAUUUGGCCGGGAGUGAAAAGGUCAGCAAAACUGGAGCAGAGGGAGCAGUUCUUGAUGAAGCUAAAAAUAUCAAUAAGUCUUUGUCUGCUCUGGGCAACGUGAUCUCUGCCUUGGCAGAGGGAACAAAAACUCACGUACCAUACCGAGAUAGUAAAAUGACUCGGAUCCUUCAAGAUUCUCUGGGAGGAAACUGCAGAACUACCAUUGUUAUUUGCUGUUCUCCUUCUAUUUUCAAUGAAGCUGAAACCAAGUCCACAUUGAUGUUUGGACAAAGAGCCAAGACCAUCAAGAAUACAGUCUCUGUGAAUCUAGAACUAACUGCUGAAGAAUGGAAGAAGAAGUAUGAAAAAGAAAAAGACAAAAACAAGAGCUUGAAGAAUGUUAUCCAGCAUCUGGAAAUGGAACUGAACAGAUGGAGAAAUGGGGAAGCUGUGCCUGAGGAUGAACAGAUCAGUGCUAAAGACCAGAAGAAUCUGGAACCCUGUGACAAUACACCCAUCAUAGACAACAUGACCCCUGUUGUCUCUAGCAUCUCCACAGAAGAGAAACAGAAAUAUGAUGAGGAGAUAACCUGCUUAUAUAGACAGUUGGAUGAUAAGGAUGAUGAAAUUAACCAGCAGAGCCAGCUGGCUGAAAAAUUAAAGCAGCAGAUGUUGGAUCAGGAUGAGCUUUUAGCUUCUACAAGAAGAGACUAUGAGAAGAUCCAAGAGGAGCUGACUCGUCUCCAGAUUGAGAAUGAGGCUGCCAAGGAUGAGGUGAAAGAGGUUCUUCAGGCCCUAGAGGAACUAGCUGUCAAUUAUGACCAGAAGUCACAGGAAGUGGAGGACAAGACCCGAGCCAAUGAACAGCUGACUGACGAGCUAGCCCAGAAAACGACUACCUUGAGUGCUACACAAAGAGAGCUGAAUCAGUUGCAGGAAAUGAGUAAUCACCAGAAAAAACGUGCCACAGAGAUCCUGAAUUUACUGUUGAAGGACCUGGGGGAGAUUGGUGGAAUCAUUGGCACCAAUGAUGUGAAGACAUUAGCAGAUGUGAAUGGAGUGAUUGAGGAGGAGUUUACCAUGGCCCGGCUGUACAUCAGUAAGAUGAAGUCUGAAGUGAAAUCUCUAGUGAACCGGAGUAAACAGCUGGAAAGUGCACAGAUUGAUUCUAACCGGAAGAUGAAUGCCAGUGAGCGAGAGCUUGCAGCCUGCCAGUUGCUAAUCUCACAGCAUGAAGCAAAAAUCAAGUCUCUAACAGAUUACAUGCAAAACAUGGAGCAAAAGAGGAGACAGUUGGAAGAGUCCCAGGAUUCACUGAGUGAAGAACUGGCUAAACUCCGUGCCCAAGAGAAAAUGCAUGAAGUCAGCUUCCAGGAUAAAGAAAAAGAACACUUGACCCGGCUUCAGGAUGCAGAGGAAAUGAAGAAAGCUUUGGAGCAACAGAUGGAGAGCCAUAGGGAAGCCCACCAGAAGCAGCUGUCCAGACUUCGAGAUGAGAUUGAAGAGAAGCAGAAAAUCAUUGAUGAGAUUCGGGAUUUGAAUCAGAAACUACAACUGGAACAAGAGAAACUGAGUUGUGAUUAUGACAAGUUGAAAAUAGAGGACCAGGAGAGAGAAAUGAAAUUGGAAAAGCUCAUAUUGCUCAAUGAUAAAAGGGAACAAGCAAGAGAAGACCUCAAAGGAUUAGAGGAAACUGUGUCUAGAGAAUUGCAGACUCUUCAUAACCUUCGUAAACUCUUUGUCCAGGAUCUUACCACCAGAGUUAAAAAAAGUGUUGAACUGGACAGUGAUGAUGGUGGGGGAAGUGCUGCCCAGAAACAGAAAAUUUCCUUUCUUGAGAACAACUUGGAACAACUUACUAAGGUUCAUAAACAGCUGGUUCGUGAUAAUGCAGAUCUUCGUUGUGAGCUUCCUAAGCUGGAGAAAAGACUUCGUGCUACAGCGGAGCGAGUCAAGGCACUGGAGAGUGCACUGAAGGAAGCCAAGGAGAAUGCCAUGCGUGACCGCAAGCGGUACCAACAAGAGGUAGACCGCAUCAAAGAGGCUGUGAGAGCCAAGAACAUGGCAAGAAGAGCACAUUCUGCUCAGAUUGAUGUGACUUCACUUAGCAUGUCAAAGACUGCAUUUACUCACCAAUUCCUUUUUUCUCCCACAUGAUCUCCAUUUUCUUUUAUACACGCUUCCUCCAGCCAUCUGCAGUACAUCAAUUUCAGGUAUUUUGAACUGUGUAGAAUCUCUAUGUGUACAGAAGUGUGUUUGGACUCAUCCUUCCCUCAGAAACCUGAACAAUGUAUUUACCAUCUCCACCUAGAUGACAGCAGAAGGUUCACUACUUAGAAUCUCUACCACUGACUCAUGGCGCUGGCUACCUUAUUUAUGGGCUUCUUUGCUGGCACCAAGCCUUUCAGCAGUACUCUCAUGCCUGUAAAUCCCACUUCUCUGUAUCCGAGGUAACACUGCAAUAGCCAAGCGCCAGAUAAGGCAGGUGAUUGUGUUCCAUCAUGACUGUCUGGUUUCCUGUAUAAUAAACAUAUUACUUUAUAUUUUUAGGGGAUGAAAAAAAUGUGCUGCUAUAUGGUUUAAAAUUUUAAUUCUGAACACUUUUCGGAAAUGAAUUUCCCCAAAGAGGCAUUUUUAAUAUCUUGGUGAAAUCUUUGGAUCUGUAUAAUAAACCCUUUGGUAUGGUACUUGUUAAAAGAUGAAGCCAAUUUAUUCAAAAUUCAGAAAAAAAGCCAUCUGUUAGUAGAGAUCUAGAUUUUGGUCACACAAACACAUCUAUGUAAAUGGAAAGUCAUAGCAUUCAUGUCUGAUCUGCUUGCAAUUGUACCUGAAGUGAAUGGCCCCUUCUAAUGGAAUGACCAGUCUGGUUCACCUGUCAGUCCAUCAAAAGUAUUUAAAAUGCUACAAAAUCUGACCAAUGGAAAUGGAAAAUUUUGUUCCUUAGCCCCUAGGCCUUUCCCCACAAUCUUUUCUACAGAGAAGUGGAAUUAAAAGAUUCCUGCCCUCUUUAAGGAAGAUUUUGAGAAGAUGUUCUUGAACAAAUUCAGGAACAUCACAAGAAGUUGUAAAAGAAAGAUUAAAAUUCAAAAAUCUUCAUAGCUGACUGUAAAUGUGUAAUUCUGUAUAGGUAUUCUGUAUAGAUAUUCUGUUGUCCUAAUUCAUUUAUUUAGUCCAAGGUUCUUUUUGGUAGUUUUUUUCUUUUGGUACCAGAUAGAUUUGACAUUUCCUUCUUAGUAGAUGACAACGGAAGAAAUUUGUAUAAAUGGGGUUUAGAGAAGGCAAAGUUUCUAAGUGCUUGUUGCUGCCUUGGAUUCACACCUAUAAGUCCUUAAUUCCACAUGUGUAGAUUAAAAUGUGACUUGGCCAAAAAGUUUCAUAAACCUGUUCCGCUCUUCCCCUUCUCCUCCUACUACACACACACACACACACACACACACACACACACCUCUUGCUUGCUGCAAUUUUUUGUGACAAAUUUGCUACUAAAUCCAACAAUUAGCUAUUGUGUUUUGUAUGUGAUCCAUUUUAGGAGAUGUUUGUACCAGCCAGUAAUAGUUCAAGAUGGACCUGGAACAAGGUAUUAUGCUUAUGCUAUCAGGCACAAGCUUUGCAAAUCAAUCUUGUUAUUCCUAGCUACAACCACCAGUAGAAUAAAAUUGAUGUCAUCAGUGUUGGUGUGUGUAGGCAGAUGAUUAGGAACAGCUAGAUGUGCAUUUCUGCACAUGUCUAGAGAACAAGCUGAAAGAUUGUGGAUUGGCUUCAAACCUUGUAUUUAACCCAUCUCUCCAGCUAUUUAGCUUAGAUCUACCCAAGCUUUUUUCCUUAAAGACUGUCUAGCCUAGCAUUUUUUAUAUGCUUCCUUUAUUUAUUGGGUAAAUGUUAUGAAAAAAAAAUUGAUAGGGACAGAGUAGUGAGAGGAAAGAGUAAGUUGGACGAUAGACAACUCUGUUAUUUAUUUAAUAAAGUUCAUCACUUUGCAUUGGUUCAUUUCCCCUCAUUUCCUGCAUGUUUUCUUGAAGGUACACACUGCUAGAAAAAAAGCAACUGUCAGACUGACAUUUACAGUUUUCUAAAGGGGCCAGUCUAGGGUAAAUUGCUGCCUUAUCACUUAGUUACAUGUGGCUAAAAUGUGUAUUAGCAACAAGGUACCAAGUUGCCUCUGAUUUUUCUACCCUAAAACAUCAGUCCUAGAGAAGAAUGCCAAUUAAUGAAUUGCCAUAAUGUCAUUGUAUAUGAUGUAUGUUGUAUUAUUUUUUAAUGCACUAAUUUUGUGUAAAUGGGCAGAGGCCAGUAAUUUGGGGUCUCAAUAGUUUAUUAGUAUACAUUAUGAAUCCAUUAAAAUUUUUUAAUUUGAAAAAAUGCAGGCUUAGGAAGUGAUGAAACUACUUCCACUGAAAAUGUUUUUUUCAUCAAUACACGAAUGCAAAAAGGAGAACCUACAAAGCUAUUUUAUUCACAAGAAAAGUUGGUUUUGAUAUCUCAUGAAGAUAAUUCUGCUAGUUGCUGAUCAGCCAGUCAGUUCAUCUAGCUUACAUUUUAUGAGACCUCCAAACUAACUUUUAUAUUGUGACACUAAAGUAACUUUGUGUUUCUGAAAUGCUGAAAGCAAAUUGAUUAAAUUUCACAUUUAAAUCUAGGCCUUGUGCAUUAAACUUAAAUUUAUGUAAUAACUUACUUGCCUUAAUAGCUUUAGUAGCAAAUGCUCUGUAAGUUUUGUUUCCUUCUUAUUGAAGGAAGCAUCUUAGUUUUAAAUUUCAGAAUUUGCUUGAAUAUUUUGUAUUUUGCUGCUUUAAAUUUGUACACAAAUGUAAACCACAUCUCUGCUCUUUGGAUUUUACAGUUGUCUUUUGAGGUUUUAUACAGUUUUAUGCUAAUAUGUUCCUCUUCUUUUUCCUGUGAAUAAUUUUAUAAUUCAUUCCAUUUCUUGAGAGUUUUUGGUGUUAGAAGGGGAUAGUCAAGUAGUUUAAAUAAAUGCAAUCUACUUUCAAAUGAAAAACCUAACAUACAGGACAAUUGUUUGCUAAAUUAGAAGAGUGUCAUUUUAGACUUGAAGAUUUAUGGUUGGGGGAAAAAAAUCUUGUUAAUGCCAAAUGUGUUUAGCUGCUCAGUUACUAUAGAAUUCUGUACAAAUGUAUUUCUUCAAAUUACUAUUUAUUAUUUUAGUUUUGUUGAAUGACGGAAUGCUUAGUAGCCUGAGAAAGGAGGAUUAUUAAAAACUUUUAAAGGUAAAUAUAUGCUAAAUUGGGUAUAUGUAUGUGAGGGGAAUCCACUAGGAUAUAUGGAAAUUUGGGGGGGACAAGUGAGGAGAUAUGAAGUCUACCUAGAAUAGACUAAGAUGGCCAGUGGGCUUUCCUCUGCUUCCAAAAAAAAAAAAACCCCUAGAGAUAAUGAUCACUGAAUUAGUCUCUCUUCAAGGAUAGGAUAAAUAAGUAUAGUAUGGAGAUGAGAAUGAAACUUUUUUCCUAUUAGGAAAAUGAAAAUAACUGAAAAUUCAGAUUGCCAUUUUUGGAUUCCAUUUGUGUGAAGAUAAUAGAUAUUCAAAAGUCUAAAAUGAAAACAUUUUGGGGAACUACUUCAUAGAUGAGGAGGAAAAUAAUUACUUUUUAUAUUCUUAAUCUGGGUAUUUCAGUUAUCUUAUGAGUCUUCUUAAUCUCCAAUUACUUCACGUAGUGUUAACAAUUUGGAUAUUAAAAAUGUAUUGGAUGGGGGCCAAAUAACAUAGAAAGAAGCCACAAUCCAUAAAAUUUCUCUCUUACUCAUAAAAAAAAUUGUGUAUCAAUUUUAAAUACUUUUCAGUGUGGGCAGAUAAUGGGGGAAUGUGGCAUUCUGUAGAAUUAUACAUGUCUAGUUUGUAAAGUGUGUAAUGUGUACUGCAGAUGUGUAUUCUCUGGGCUCUAUGUAUCUGUACAAUAGCUUUCAUUUUAGGAAAAAAAUGUGGAAAGACUUUUUUGGGUGGUACAAGGGGGAAAAUGAUCAUCUGCAUCAAAAAAUGAUGCUCUAAUAUAUUAAAUCUAACAGAAGAUCAGAAAAUAACCCUUCCCUGCCUCAUGGAUGAGUUUUGUUUAUCUUUUAGGUCCUAAGAUGCUAUUCAAGAUGUAUGGAUACACUGGCAGACUGCAUGAUGUAUAAUUUGAAAAAUGUUAAAAGUGGAAAAUAAAAUUGAAUUAAACUUUA